AUGAAGUCUUUCCUUCCUCUUUUUGCAGUAGUUAGAGAACUUACCGUUUUAGAGGGUCGCGUUAAUAAUCGAAUAUAUUUGGGCGCAUCAACUUUUAGCGUAGGCCUCUGUGGAAUAGUGGCGUUGGUGCUGAAAUGUCACCAAGCAGAAGCCUUUAAAAAAUGCUUCCAUAAACACGGUCCAUUAUUGGUUGAGUUGAAGAACAAGCCUCGCGGUCGGCUUGUAAGCACUGUCGACAACGACGAAUUGAAAGCGAUUGUGAAAGCGGAUCCAACUAAAUCUACGGCUGAGCUUGCUGCGUACCUUGGAGCUAGUGUCAAAACAACAUUGAAGCACUUUCGUCAAAUCGGAAACAUAAAGAAGCUAGAUAAGUUGGUGCCAGACCAACUAAGCGACCAACAACGUGACUUACGCGUCGAUGCAUGCAUAGCAUAUGAAGAGGAUGGUGACUGCCUGAUGGACCAGUGCCAGACUUGUACAUCACAGCUUCUUACUGAAUAG